CAGACCAAAGGCAAAUGAAUGCAUGCAGUAGUUUUCUUGCAGCUUGACGACAGUCCAUUGUUUCCGCAGUACUGCAGUACUGCCACAUCGCCGUCUGCGUGGGCCAACAUUUAUUCUGCAAUCUUGUAACUCUGGCCGGUUGGAUAAGGGUUUGGUUUCUUCCUGGAGUGGAGUAGGUUUUAGUGCGAUCGAUCUCGACCUACUCGUACUUGAUGGAAAUAAGUUUGGAGUUGAGUAUAGUAGUCAAGUAGUUGUUUCUCAUCCGAAUCCUGAUUAGCUAACGUCGGUGGCCAGUCUACCACGUCCAGUAAUAUUAUUACGAGCUAAUGAACUAGUCCAUUCAACCCACAGCAGCUCAGUUUCUACUUUUGUUUGUGUGGUAAUUGCAGAAGCUCUUGCGUGUCCCUUAUUACGUUGUUCCUGAAAUAAUUGAUUUGUAGGUAUGUCGUGUUCCGUUAUUUAAACCCCGAGAGUAGUGGAAAUCAGUGCAGACCUUUAGUCUGCAUCGCCUGCCGUCAGGUCUCGAGUCUUGACCUGAAUAUAAGAUACAGUGGUAUAGUGGCAUCAUCAUCAGCAGUCAGCAUGUUCUCAGUCUGUCGCCCUGCCUUGCUUCUCAUGUCCACUGUACUCGCCGUUUGUGCGGCAAUUGACUUUGGACACCACAAUUACGAUUCCAUGACGUUGUUACUGCGCCGAACAGUUGCAAAGUGUCCCACGAUCAUGCGCCUCUCAUCGAUUGGUUCAUCGGUGGAGAAACGCUCACUGUGGGUGGUUCGUGUCACUGACCAGCCGGAUAAGCACGAAGUCGGUGAGCCAAUGUUUAAGUAUGUGGGCAAUAUGCACGGCAAUGAGGUGGUCGGCCGGGAAGUGCUUCUCAAUCUUCUCGAGUACAUCUGUGAGGAAUACGAGAAGAAUUCUACCAUUCGGCGGCUAGUUGAUAGCACAGACAUCUACAUCUUGCCUUCCAUGAAUCCAGAUGGUUACGAACGUACUGGUCCGCGCAAGUGUGGAGAAGGACGAGGCAGGGAGAAUGCUCACGGGACCGAUUUGAAUCGAGACUUCCCUGACCAGUUUCACCCGGGCACACCAGAGAACAAGGCCCAGGCUGAGACGAAAGCCAUGAUGCGUUGGAUCCGUAGUAAGGCGUUUGUCCUCUCGGCCAACCUGCAUGGUGGUGCUGUUGUUGCCAGCUAUCCGUUUGAUGAUUCGGCCGACGGUCAUUCAACACGCCAUGGCGGCAGUCCGUCGCCCGACGACAGGGUGUUCCAGUUCCUGGCACAUCUGUAUGCGAAUGCGCACGCCACUAUGGCAUCUCGACCGGCCAACUGCAUGGGUUCGUUUCCGGGCGGCGUCACUAACGGUGCCGACUGGUAUGAGCUGAGCGGUGGUAUGGAAGACUUCAACUAUGUGCAGUCAAACUGCUUUGAGAUCACGGUCGAGUUGUCUUGCUGUAAGUUCCCUCCGGCCUCACAGCUGCCGAAGGAGUGGGAUAACAACCGAGAUGCGUUAGUCCGCUACAUGCAAGCCGUGCAUCGCGGUGCCAAGGGCUUUGUGUACGAUGCCAAAACAAGUCAGCCAGUGCCAGGUGCACUGAUCAGUAUACGCGCUAUUAAACAUGAUGUGACGGCAACCAGCGAUGGUGCAUAUUGGCGAUUAUUAGCGCCUGGCAAGUAUAUCAUCGUGGCCCAUGCCAAGGGCUAUGACAGUGUUUCCAAAACCGUCAUUGUGCCAGUUAGCAGUGAUGGUGUUCGUGUGGAUUUCAACUUGCCACCUGCCAGCGAUGGUGAAGAUGUUGCCUCUUCGUUCACAGCUACUAAUGAUGUGUCUAGUGACUUAUACAAGCCAGCACGCUUCUCUCAUCAUGAUCAUAAGGCACUGCUGAAAACACUGCAGGAUAUUAAUCGCCGUUUCCCGCAUUUGACUCGGCUUUAUGAUAUAGGCAAGAGUGCCGAAGGUCGCACAUUGGCAGUUCUUGAAAUCUCCGACAAUCCAGGCAAGCAUAAGCCCGGUGAGCCGGAAAUGAAGUAUGUUGGUAACAUGCAUGGCAAUGAGGUUGUGGGUCGGGAGAUGCUGCUGUUACUCGCUGGCUACCUAUGUGAAAACUAUGGCAAAAGUGAGCGGGUGACGCACCUGCUCAACUCCACACGUAUCCACCUAAUGCCGACUAUGAAUCCAGAUGGUUACAGUCGUGCUCAUGAAGGUGACAGAUCUUCGGUGCGAGGCAGGGGCAACGCUUACAACAUCGAUCUCAAUCGCAACUUUCCCGAUCAUUUUCAACCGAAUCGCAGGUUUGAUGAACAGGUGGAAACAUCAGAGGUUCGCCAGUGGCUGGAGGCAUAUCCCUUUGUCUUAUCUGCUAACCUGCACAAUGGAGCUCUAGUUGCUAAUUACCCCUACGAUGACGCUCCUCUUCCAAGCAAGUCACCUGACGACAGAGUGUUUCGACAGUUGGCCAAGGCGUACAGCUAUGCGCACCCACUGAUGCAUCGCGCCAAUGAGGCAAACUGUGACCCAUCCGAUCCACCGUUCAAAGAUGGUAUUACGAACGGUGCAACAUGGUACAGUGUGGCUGGAGGCAUGCAAGAUUACAACUACUUUCACACCAAUUGCUUUGAGAUCACUGUGGAGAUGGGCUGCGUCAAGUUCCCACGGCGUCGCUACCUGAAGCAGCACUGGCAGGAGCACAAGCCUGCACUACUGGCCUUCAUGGAGCAGGUUCACAUUGGGGUCAAAGGCUUCGUUCUGGACCCAUGUGGUCGGCCAGUAAGCAAUGCCACCAUUGCUGUGAGUGGCAUUGAUCACCGUAUUGUAACUGCCCAUGAUGGUGACUACUGGCGUCUGCUUAGCUCUGGAGAGUACGUGAUCAAAGCAUCCGCACCCGGCAUGAAAGCAAUGACUCAUUCCGUGGUGAUCAGCAGUAAAGUAGGUCCUGCUGUACAGCUCAACUUUACCCUCUACCCGUUGCCGUCUCACCUGUCACUGGUGGCCAAGUGUCCCAGGACUACGUCGCUCGCAACACCAUCAGCAACACCGAAGCUGGCGGAGAAGAGUGUCGCCACCACAGUCCGGGAGACAACCACUGUACGUGCGGUGUUACCAGCUGACACAUCUCAGUUGCCAGUUGACGAUCUUGGCGAAGCUUCUCUUGCUCAUAGUCUGGUUAGUGACAGUGCUGGUGUGCCAUCACGUACCACCGAUGGCACAGCACCGCCGCAUGCAACCAAUGCCAUGCUAACAUCUUAUAGCAAAGCAUCUGCUGCAGAAGGACUUGUAACCAUGCCAAGAACAGUGGUAUCGCAUUCAGAAACAGGUGAUGCUCGGAGCAAGAUUACUGAUGAUGAUAGACUGCCAACUGUGCGGACAAUGCACUCUGCCUCUCCAACAGUGCACUCGCCAACUGAAGCACUUCUUUCAACUGGCGGAUUGCUUGUGUCUGAAAUAUCUACUUCUACCGCUGUUCACCGUCCUCUUACCCCUACCCCUACUCCACAGCAGGAUCUUACUGGCAGUUCAGUAGCAGCUGCAUCCACUGACGUAUCCCCAUCACCGCCAUCCUCUUCUCAGUCACUCGACGAUUUCCUUGUCCGUUUGCACCAUGCCCAUCACACAUGCCAGCGGGUUGCGAAUGUUACCAUUGAUCCAAAGUCGGCGGCGUUUCACAUUGGCACCGGCCACCGCCGCCUUGUGCUGGCCAGCAAUGAGGCUGCACAGCUGCUUGUUAGCUUUGCUGAGUUCCUGUGUGAACAUCACAAGCAGCGGGAUGUUUCUGCCGCUCUGGCAGCUACACAUGUGCAUAUCAUGAUUGACAUGAGCCAGUCUGCUCUGUCACCCCGGUGCUCGGAGAGACCAGAACCUCCGCUUGGUCUAACAGAGAUAGCUCAUCAUGCUGAUGUGAUAGCUGUUGUCAGCAACGACUGUAACCACACACUUCCCAAUAACAGUAGUGAUGCUGGACCUGUGCCGGCACUGUUGACUACCUACUUGCAGACCCUGGCUAAACACAAGACAACAGGCAGUGACCCUGUGCCGUGCGUCCGCUCUGCCCUUGAUGUUCCCGACUUGAAGUCUCCCGCUGCAGUUGUUGUCUUGCCCACCCGAUGCUGUACCGUAUCAAAGGCAUUCUGUUCGUCACUGGACCAUUUCCAGGCACUGUCUCAAGCAUGGCUUUCUGUUGUACGCUCUACGGCUGUCGGCAUUGGUGGACACAUUAUCUCCACUGCUGGUGAGGCUAUUUCAGGUGUGAGCGUUUGUGAGGGUAGCCAUUGCACACACAGCGAUAGUAGUGGUGUGUUCUGGUUACUCACUGGUGCCACUGGUCCGAAGACGCAUCAUCUUGUUGCCGAUCCUUCCCUGGCUCGUUUGCCUAGUGCCUCUUCUCGACUACUGCAACGCACUAUUACCGUACAGAACACGAGUGUAGAUUCACUUCAAAUCGUACUGGACGUGCAGCGCGUCAUGGGCUUGUCCAAGCAGAUGUUCAUUUUAACACUCAGUAUUGUUCUGUUCUUCGCCAUCCUCAUUGUCUUUGCGCUGGCUGUCCUAUGGCCGAGAGCACGGCGUACUCCGUCCAGGCAGGGAUUCAAGCGUCUUGACCCCCUGGAAAUGGAAGCAGCUGUCCUGCAAGAUGAGGCCCCGUACUCGACGCGUUCAAAAAGCGCUGCAUCAAAGUUCGGCAAGAGAGGCCACGGCAUGUCACCAUUGUCCAUCUCGAAAGCGGAUGCUAUGCUUGAAGAUACGUCUGAAGAAGAGUUCUCUCUACCAGGCAAUGGUCAAACACGACGCAGCUGAUCAUUUCUAAAGUUAGUCUUUUUCUGGAGAUUUUUUCAAGGUUCGACAGAAUAUUGUGUGUAGCUGGGUGCCGCACCGCUGGUCGGUGCUAUGCUGUACAUCGUGCUGCGCUUCCGCACGUGUGUGUGUGUGCACGUGUGUGUGUGUGUGCAUGUGUGUGUGUGUAUGUGUGUGCACAUUGUGUGUGUGUGUGUGUGUGUGUGUGUGUGUGUGUGUGUGUGUGUGUGUGUGUGUGUGUGUGUGUGUGUGUGUGCAUGUGUGUGCAUGUGUGUGCAUGUGUGUGCAUGUGUGUGCUGCUGCUCUGCGCAAGUAUUUUUAAUUUAUUGAACUGAAACAUUUAUUUAAACUCUGUCGUAUUCUAGAAGGAGAUUUGUGUUCAGCAAACUACGCGUUGCCCUGGCUAUUUCCGGAGUCUACCCCCUUCUUCCUCUGUCCAUUUAUUUUUCAACAAUAUUUAUACAAGUAAAACAAUAUUAGCUGCGGAUUAGCUACGGAUUUCCAUGUACGUGGGAGUGGAAAUUUUAAUUAUCGUUGGCUCACCCGUAGUGCAAUGCUACGAAAACGUUUGAGAACAGUA